AUGCGAACUUCAAGAGAAUGUGUUACUUUUGCUCGACUCGCAUUAAAUGAUGGUUCUCCUCAUAUGGGUGUCAAAGGACCCUGUGCUCUAUCUAAAUUAAUGUCUGAUUUCAUCGUUGGAACUGCUAUAGAUCAAAUGCACCGUGUUUUUGGUGGUGUGGUAAAAAAACUACUAUCAUUAUGGUUUGACCCGAGCAAUAGAGGUGAACCUUUCUCAUUAAUUGAUAUGUCAAAUAUCAUUAACAAUCGAUUAAUUAAUAUCAAGCCACCCAGCUUUGUUCAUCGUAUGCCUCGCUCAACGCAAGAUCUUGUACACUGGAAAGCAUCUGAGCUUAAGAAUUGGUUCUUUUAUUAUGCUUUACCAGUCAUGCAAGGAGUAAUGCAACAAGAGUAUUUAGAACAUUUUUCUUUAUUGGUUGCUGGAAUUGCGCUUUUAAAUUUAGAUUCUAUAACAAAUGCUGAGAUAAAUAUGGCGUCGAACUUUCUACACAAAUUUGUACGUGAAUUUGAAAAUUUAUGUGGUUUAAAAAAUUGUUCCAUUAAUCUUCAUCUUCUGAUACAUCUACCUAAAUGUAACACGUCACAUUGA